GUCCAGAUUUUAUUCAAAUUUAACUCGCAAAAGGCUUAUUAGGCCGAGUGUCGUUGAAGGCUUGUUGUUCCAGCACGUGCGGAGUUCUCCCCGGUGCUUGCGUAAGAGCCAUUUAUUAUAAGGUAACAUGUACCAUAAAUGUAGAUUUGAAAGGACAUUCUUUUGACAGAUUUGAACCUUGCUACUCAGUUAUUGCUUUACCGAUCUGAUAUGUGCUCUUGAGAGAUAGACCUGUUGUCAGGAACAAUCAGUCAGACACCAAUGUAGUGUCUGUGGUUCGCUUCGUGCACAUUCAAAAGGGGCCGUGACGCAUUUAUGAGACUCAGUGUGUCGACAAACACAAGUACUGAUUUUUGCUGUUACUGACUGAUUUUUGGUGGCUGAAGACCCCUAAAAAUAUGAAGCUCGAAGAAAUCACUGCCCUGCUCGGCAAUUUUGGCCGAUAUCAAAUCUUGUUGAUCGCGUACGCGUCCAUUCUAAGCUGCAUAGGCUGUUUCGUGACUCUCAGCCAUGUGUUUUUCGCUGCCGGGACCGACCACUGGUGUUCAGUCUUACCCCACGAGAACUGCUCCAGCUGGCCGGUAUUCCAAGACAACUGCACCGAGGUCAAGAAGGCCAUGUUCCUUCCUCCCUCCCAGAACGACUCGAGCAAAUAUCCCUACUCCAACUGCGAUCAGUGGGCCUUGCCAAGUGAGUACGUAUUUGAUCCCUACGCGCCGCUCGCUGACGUCGACAAUUUCACUUACUCUGCCGUGCCCUGUAAAAGUGGAUGGGUAUACGACACGUCGCAGUACAAGACUACAAUCAUAUCAGAGUUUGACCUCGUGUGCGUGGACAACGAUUUACCCAGCUUCAGUCAGUCAAUCUACUUCGUCGGCUUUCUAGUGUCGUCAAUUAUUGUAGGGACACUCUCAGACUGGUUAGGUCGCAAGAAAGCUCUGUCGCUCUCCCUGCUACUCUGGGUGGUCGGUUUCAUAGUCACUACCUUUUCGGUCAAUAUCUAUAUGUACAUGGCGUUUCGUUUUAUAUCUGGAUUUGGUGAAUAUGGCGCCUACCUUUCCAGCUUUGUCUUGGCGGUUGAGAACGUCCCCGAUUCUUGGCGCACAGCUGUAACCAUGUUGUUUGGCAUAACUUACGCCGUUGGGUAUUUCUUCCUGGCAACAGCUGCCAUGUACGUCAGAGAGUGGCGCCCUCUUUGUCUAAUUAUGUCCCUCGCGACAGUUCCUCUACUUUUUCCGUUGCCAUUUGUGCAGGAAUCCAUCAGUUGGCUGGUGUCUAAGGACAAACUGAAGGAAGCCGAUGCAGUUAUCAGGAGAGUGGCCAAGUUCAACAAGAAGACCUUGCCGGAUGUUCUUUUCGAUAAAGAGGAUGAUCAAAACGAAAUGGAAGCGAGGGAGUCGGCAAUACCUCCGUCCUUCAUUGAUUUGUACAGGACUCCAAACAUGGCGGUCAAGACAAUCAACAUGCAAUAUAACUGGUUGGUCAACAGUCUGGUGUACUACGGCCUGUCGCUGAGCACCGGCGAUCUCGGCGUGGACGACUACUGGGCUUUCUUCGUGUCCGGCGCCGUGGAGAUCCCAGCCCUGGUGUACGCCACUUUUGGCGUGGAGUGGUUCGGUCGGAAAUGGAACACCGCGGUGCUGGAGCUUAUUGGUGGCGUCGCUUGCUUGGUAGCCAUCUUCAUUCCCAUUGGGAUCUGGCGGACUGUGGUGUCAAUGAUUGGCAAAUUCUGUAUCUCUGCGACGUUUAGUAUAAUAUACCUGUAUUCCAGCGAGCUGUUCCCAACACCUAUUAGGGCCGUUGGCAUCGGUAUGUGUUCCGUGUCGUCUCGCAUCGGUGGCAUCAUCUCUCCUCUCGUCCUGCUGUUGGGGCGCAAUGUGCCGUCAAUCGUGUUCGGGUCCAGCGCGAUUGCGGCGGGAAUACUGGUGUUCUUCUUGCCGGAGACGAAAGGACGCAAACUGCCCCAGACGCUGAAGGAGGCUGAGGCAAUGGGAAAGUGUAAGUGCAUGACUGCGAAUGUUUCCAACGAGUCUGUGAUCGAACUUGAUGAAGUGGAUCUCGACAAAGAGGGCGUCUUUGCGAUUUCCAACGCAGCCUUCGACCACGGAGAGGAGAAGAAAUGUCGCGACUUCUCGCAGCAGUUCACACGAAACCACCGGGAGUCUUCGCAUAUGUAAAUCGACAUGUAUACUCUGCAAAAAAAGAAGUCUCGUGUACUCAGGACUCGGCCUGGAUCAAACCAGAACUCAAUAAAGAGAGAGCUGUGACAUGAACGUCCCAACUGUUGGAACUAAAAUGGUGGAUAAUAUGCGUUUAGUGUACACGGACAAUUAGUAAACAAUAGUUGCAUUUUGGUUUCAAAGUCUAAAGUUGGCGCUAUUCUCUCUAUAUACAGCUCUGGAUUUAACAUUUACAGAGAGACCUUUCAGAGCAUAUAUUAGCAUUUUGACCUGACUGAUUGUGAUAAAUUUGUAGGUUUACAAAAUGUGCCACUUGUAUUCGUAUCAAUGUGGAAUAUGAACCACCGUGAACAUACAAACUCGCUAUUGUCAACCUCAAGCUAUUACGGUUUAUUACCUAAAUCUGCGUAACGAUUACAUUAUAUAAUCAAAUGCUCUUCCAUCUUGCUUCGGUACAUGUUUUACAUUAACUUCGAAAAAUCUCUAUCUUAAUCCAACAGAGCUUCUGUGUUAAACAGUGUCGACAGUGUACUCACUUCUGGAAUAGUCUUGGUGACCUGUUCCAAACAUCCAUUCUCUAAGUCACAACAAAGUUAAAACUCAAUUAUUCAACUCUUAUAAUGUUUAACAAAUACUACUCUUGCCCGUCAAGUUCUUGGUGUCCUUGUUAAGUCCUUAUCCGUCACUUGUAUAGUAAUAGUAUUUGUCCUUAGGUUUUUGCACAACUUUAAACGUAUGCUUCAUCCAGUACCUGGUUUAAUCGCGUGUAUUAUAUGCAAAGAAUCAAUUUUGAUGUGAAAUGUCUAAAGUCAAGUGUGACCAGUCUACCCGGUUAGGCAGUUAGGUCACCUCAUCCCUCCACUUCUAGCUUUGACAGUUUCUCUUUUCUGUCACAUAUUGAGCGUGAUCGGUCGACCGUGAGUCACCUGGUCCCUCUACUGUCUUUCAUAUGUAACUCCGUAAUACAUGUAGGCUUACUGAAUAAUACCUUGUAGCGAUGCUGUGUAGCGCCCUCUGCCAUUGCAUUAUUCACCCAACUCUCUUGGCAAUUGUGUGCUGUAGCAAUUAAUGCAGCUAUGCGUGCGCCCGUGCAGGCGAUCUGAAUAGACUUUUUGUCUCUGCCCUGCAUUCAACCAAAAUGUGAAGCUUGGUAUUGCACCACCCUCUUUUGUUGGGCGUGGGGGGCGGGCUGCUUGAGAGAUUAAAAACUGGGUCACUCUGCUGGAGAGCCUGCUGGAGUGAACAUCGUUUGGCAACCGUAGCACGUACGUUGUAUUGUAUGGUGUACUAACCGUUGCCCCAUCUAUUUCCAUUGAUUGAUUGGCAAAGUCGUGAUCAGUUGCAUAGGAAGUUAGAACUUUUUUUAUAUUUUAUUCAACCGAUUGUGUGAUAAUAUGCAAUUGAUUACAACGCCAUUCAACGCUUAAAACCUUAUUCGCAUAUUGCAUAACUAUUGGGUGCAUUUGGAGAUAGCUCGGCCAUUGAUGAGUUACGUAAUAGUCCUCCUUGUUACAUGUAAAUUCACAAGUUGAGAAUGGAAGGCCAGAAUUAGUACAGAAUCCAUGUACGUGCUGUCUUGACUGUUCUCCAAUGUGUUUUAAUUCGUUGAGAAAAAAACACAAGAUGGAAAUUGAGACGUAUCAGCAACUUGGCAAUAAUACUACUCCUACUUUUUGAAGAUAAGACUCUA